AUGGGUUCAAUCCAACACGAGGGCGCCCGUGCGGGCCACACAGCAGACUCCAAGCGUAAGGUCAUCGUGGCGGGUGCUCAGCUGGGUCCUAUCGAUAUCGACACACCUCGAUCUGAAGCUAUCCAGCGUAUGCUUCGAUUGAUGGAAGAUGCACACAAGCAGAAUGCUAAACUUAUCGUGUACCCCGAGAUCGCCCCAGUCACAUUCUUCCCUCGACACAUUCUCGAGGGAGAUGAGCUCGAGAAAUACUUUGAACUCGAGGUGGACGGAGAUCCGACCAAGUCGGCCAAUAUCAAACCGCUGUUUGAUAAGGCUCGCGAGUACAAGAUGGACAUGUAUCUAGGUUAUGCCGAGGCCACAGGAGACGAGCACUAUAACACUUCGGUGUACUAUUCAGGACAGGUGGACAAAGUCAUCUCCAAAUAUCGAAAGGUGCAUUUGCCCGGCACGUUUGAACCAUAUGAACGCAAAGACGCCACGAACCAAUUGGAGAAGAGGUACUUCAAGCCUGGUAAUCUGGGAUUUGAAGCAUUCCGAGCGCCGCAGCUGGUGCCUGAAGCCUUGACCAAGGAUUCAGGGGCAAAGCCGAAUGAAGUUGACACGCUGGGGCAAGGAGAUCCCGUCGUUGGCAUGAUCAUCUGCAACGACCGGCGAUGGCCCGAAGCAUGGCGAGUGUAUGCAUUACAAGGUGCUGAACUGAUUCUUUGCGGGUAUAACACAACAGCAUGGGCGCCGGAAUUGCUGGGUACGAACGAGAAGAUCUCGACCAAAGAAAAGGCCAAGGCUGAGGCAUUGUUCCACAACAAGCUGUGUCUCACAUACAACAGUUAUGCCAAUGCAUGCUUCAGCAUCAACGUGGCCAAGUGCGGGUCAGAAGACGGGAAAUAUCCGCUCAUCGGAGGUAGCUGUAUCAUCGACUGUGACGGGGAAGUGGUGGCAGAGGCAUCGACCGAGGACGAUGAGUUGAUUGUGGCCGAGAUCGACCUGGGUCAGUGUCGCCGAGGCAAAGAGAAGGUGUUUGCAUUUGAAAAGCAUCGGCGCAUUGAACAUUAUGCUCGAAUUGCUCAACAGACAGGAGUACAAGAACCUGAUUUCUUCACCCGGCCGACCAGUGCCGUUGCCACCGGCACCGCCAGGUCACCUUUCUCCACCCCCAUCACUUCGCCGCCACGCCAACGGCCACACCAGAUUCUUCUAAUCAACCCGAAUUCCACACGUUCCAUGACCGAAGCAUGUCUCACGUCCGUCCGGCCAGUGCUCCCGCCUGGCAUUGAAUUGACAGGCUACACAGCACCUUACCCGGCUCCCACCGCCAUAGAAUCGACCACCGAUGCCAUCAUGUCAACGGAGGCCGUUCUGCGUGACCUCGCCAAGCACGCCGCUUCUAACGGCGAGACCGUCCAGAACUUUGACGGCAUGAUCGUUGCAUGCUUUUCCAAGCACCCGCUCAUUGAUGCAUUACGGGAGUCGUACGAUGUGCCCGUGAUUGGCAUCAUGGAAGCCAGCCUGUACGUGGCGCGCAUGAUCGGGGGACGCUUCGGAAUCGUUGCGACCGCCGCGCGCUCCAAGAUCAUGCAAGAUGACGCCGUCGCGGCGUACGGCCUCUCGCAUUUCUACGUCGGCAGCGAAUCAACGCACCUGGGUGUGCUGGAGCUCGAAACCCGGCCACGGGAGGAGGUCGCGAAGCGCAUGGGCCAUGCCGCGCGUUCGCUGGCUGUCAAAGGCGCGGACACCAUUCUGCUCGGUUGUGCGGGCAUGACAGACUUGACGAGAGCUGCCAAGGAUGCGGUACGCGACGAGGAUGGCCGCAGGACGGUCAAUGUCAUUGACUCGGUCGAGGCCGGGGUCAUGAUGAUGGCCAGCCUAGUCGAUAUGGGUAUUCCCACGAGCAAGAAGGGCGUGUACAAGGGCGAGAAGGAGGGCAGAAGGACCAGAGGGCAGAAUUGGUUGUGA